AUGGCCAUCAAGCCAGAGCCUAUUUCUGAUCUUAUCACGGUUGACAACCAAUAUCUCGACCGCGUGACUAUACGCCGAAAUAUAAUCGCCGAAUACAAAAACACCGUCCACGGCUGUCUACCCGGUGGCGAGAGUGCGGUUCAUGAGCUCUACUCCUAUAUCUUGACACACCAUCUACCCACCCGCUUCCCGGAUCUUUUCACUUGCCAGGGUAAAGUAUUUCAUAAUAGAGCAACUGGCAAAUCAUUCCCUACAACCCCACCGCAGGACCCAGAGAUGUGUCUCCGGAUACUAGGCGAAACAGUAGAAGAGGAUAUCUUUCUGCUCAAAGAAAUGGAGACAACUCAUAAAUGCCUCGCAUUUACAUGCUGUUUUCCGACGGGAUUCGAUCCAUCUUCAAAGUUGGGUCUAGACCUUCGGGGUAUCCAUGGCCCUGUGCCAGCCUAUGAAAAGAUUGGGCCUAGUAUGGAGAGAUUCUUUCGGAAGCUUGAGGUUGGGAAAAGUGUGAAGAGAAUGAAUGUGAGUUCUGGUAUCUUGACUCGUGUUUGCUCUACAUUUCUCGCCGAGUGGCGUAGCACUAAUUCCAUUGCGGGAAAUCACAUCAAAGAAGGUGAUGAAUUUGUUGCCGACGAAGAUGUCGAUCAUUCGACGGCCAAUCUUCGAAUCGAGCUUCAAUCUUUGACACGCCUCCCUGAAACAAAGUUUGUUCUGUUCUGUUUUAAGACUUACCUCUACUCUCUGGUCGAUAUCAAGGCAGAGGGUACUGGUCCAGAGCUUGCCGAUGCCAUUGAGGGUCUCCAGAAGGGUAAUGCGCCCGGUAUGUUCAAGUACAAGAGCGCAGUUCGAUGGGGGAAGAGCGUAGCAGAGUAUUUACGGUCAUGA